AUGAAUGAGUUAUUGUAUGAGGCGGAUAGAGCAGGUGCGGCGGAUGACGAAGAUGAGGGGGAUGAGGAGGCGGGCGAGGGAGAUGGUGGGAAGCAUGCUGCAAGGUCCCGUGCAAAGAAGAAAGUCCCUCACGUGACGGAGGAGGCAAUAUUUGAGUCGACUCAGAAAAAUUCCGGUGUGGAAAAGAGGGUUCCUGACAAGGAGGAGGAGGAGGAGGAGGAGAGACAAGCGACCCCAAUGAGGUGUUUGACCCUCAGUCUGCCCUCUGCUCAACAUCUCCUAUUGCCCUCCAACCGAAACACCCCUGCAGCCAGAUCAGACCCUGUUCCAUACGCACCGCUUGUCUCCAUGCUUCCUCCCUCCCACCCAUAUCCUUAUACCCGGGCACCUUUGAGAAUUCCCAAGGCACCUUUGAGAACUCCCAAGGCACCUUUGAGAAUUCCCAAGGCACCUUUGAGAACUCCCAAGGUACCAUUGGGAAUUCCCAAGGCACCUCAUCCAUAUCAUAUCGGCCCACACGUCUCCACCUUUCUCAUCCAUCCAUACCCAUCGGGCCAUCCCACAGGUGGUGGUGGCCUUCAACCCUCUUAUGAGGUGGUGGUGGCCUUCAACCCUCUCGCGUGGUCCCGCUCUGAAGUGAUUCGAUUCCCGGUGUCAUCCCCCUACCUUCUAGUCACUGAUGCCUCUGGCGCCCCCAUCCCCUCUCAAAAACUUCAAGAGACCCUCCUCUCCCCUCCCUCUGUUCCCCCCGUGUCAUCCCCCAAUCUGCUAGUCGCCGACGCCUCUGGCGCCCCCAUCCCCUCUCAAAUAAUCAGGGAGACGCUCGUCACCCCCGCCACCCGCUCCACCUACAUUGCUGCUUACACUGGCGUGGGGGAAAUAGUAGGAGAGGUGGAGGGGGAGGAGGAAGGGGUGGAGGGGGGGGAAGGAGGGGAGGAGGGAGCGGAGGAGGGGGAGGAGGGGGAUGAGGAGGAGGGCGGGGGAGGGGGAGGAGGAGGAGGAGUGGGUGGAUUAUGGGGAUGGGCGAGGGCCGCAGCCGAGCCAUAA